AUGGGAGAGUUGAUUCUUGCAAUCAACGCGGGCACGUCGUCCGUCGGCCUCACCAUCUUCGACCGCCACAGGCCGCCAAGGAAAAUAGCGACAGCCAAAGUAGCUGGGAUCACUGCACCGCCACGUACAUUCAAGUACUCGCACGGCCACACCAAACAGAGGCGGGAGGUCGAUGAGAAGAUUGACACUCCGCAGGAGGCCUUUACAUACCUUUUGACCCAUUUUCUCAAUGACCCCAAGUUGACCAUAAUUAGCAGUAAAGAUGACUUCGCAUAUAUCUGCCAUCGUGUGGUGCACGGCGGUGAUUUUACUCGUGAAGCGGUGAUCAACACAGAUACAUUUAGCUACCUCGAAGCGUUGCAGGACCUUGCCCCGUUACACAAUACGGCAUCAUUGGAUAUUACUCGAACAUGUCUUAAUGAAAUUCCGGGAGCCAAAAGCGUGGCCUACUUUGACACAACGUUCCACCAGUCGUUACCAGAUUACAUUAAGGCGUAUCCCAUUCAUCAAGAAGUUGCCAGGUCCAAUUGGCUGCGCAAAUAUGGCUUUCAUGGAAUCAGCUACAGCUUCAUUUUACGCUCCGUCGCGGAGUUCCUCAAAAAGCCAGUGGAGUUGACAAACAUCAUUGCACUUCAUCUUGGAAGCGGCGCAUCUGUUUGCGCAAUUAGAGGCGGAAAGUCGAUUGAUACCUCAAUGGGUCUUACACCCCUUUCUGGCUUGCCCGGCGCCACGCGAAGCGGAGACAUAGAUCCGACGCUCGUAUUCCACUAUACAUCUGAAGCUUGCAAAUUAAGUUCGUCAAGCACAAAAGACAUGCACAUUACGCAGGCUGAAGAGAUCCUCAACAAACAAGCCGGGUGGGGGGCCAUUGCAGGCACAACCGAUUUCUCCAAAAUCGCGACAGAUAGUCCAGAAACCGACAUGCACAAGCUGGCAUUUGAUAUAUUUGUCGACCGCAUUGUUGGUUUUAUCGGAAGCUACUUUGUUAAGUUGGAUAGUGAAGUUGAUGCGGUUGUGUUUGCCGGCGGGAUUGGGGAGAGAAGCGCAAUGCUUCGAGCAGCCAUCGUACAGAAAUGCCGGUGUCUCGGUCUCUCCAUUUGUCAGCGGAAGAACUCAAAGGGUUUCUAUGAUAAUGCAUUGACUGUAAUCGAUAUUUCUGAAAAAUCUAGCCAAAGCCCUGCAAUUUUGGUUUGCCAAACCAAUGAAGAGUAUGAGAUGGCACAUCAAUGUGUUAAUAACCCUCCCUGA